AUGCGGAGGUUCCAGGAGUCCGUCAAGGCCCUCGAGGCCGACAUCGAGCACGCCAAUGCGCUGGCGUCGGAGUUCCUGAGGGACUACGACGGGUCGGUCAUCCAGAUGCGGAUGGCCUACAGCGCCGUCGCGCAUGUCCUCGUCCAGUGGACCGACUGCAGACUCGCCAGCGCGCUCGGCCUCCUCAAGAUUAUGAUCUACAAGGUGUACGCGGAGGAUGGCACGACGACCUUGCCAAGUUGGGAGAGGGAGGCCAGCAUCAGAGAAUUCUACGGUGUUAUAUUCCCGUCGUUGCUUCAGCUGCCAAGCGGGAUCACUGAACUGGACGACAGGAAGCAAAGGAGGCUGUGCGUGGACAAGUUCAAGAGAAGGGAUGGCGAUUUCUCUCACCUGGAUUUGGAGAGGGAGGUCGAGUGUGGGAUUUGUCUGGAGGUGAACGCUAAAAUCGUGCUGCCCGACUGUACGCACUCCUUGUGCUUGAGGUGCUUCGAAGAAUGGUAUGAAAUUCCCUCGUCUCCCUCAUUCGAUCGCCUGCAAAAGUCAUUGCUUCAAUCAUUUGCGCAAUUUUUUUUAUAG